GAAUCCAGAGAGCAGCUGGAGGAAGAGGAGGAGGAGGAGGAGAGGAAAAAGAAGGAGAGAGAUGGCUUCCACGCUGUACCGCUCCGAAGAUCGGGGGCUUUCCGUGCCCAUAACCACAGCUAUGACCCCUUCAAAAGACACAGUUGGGGGCCAGACAGGGAGCCCCAGGAUCAACUGAGCAGGAGCAAACUGCAGGCUUCGGGAUGCGCUGGGGCCCAGGAGACUGCCUUACUGCAGAGCCAAGAGGACCUGGGCACGUUUCUGGAACCGCAGCACCAAGGUGGCCAGCCUUCCAGUGUGGGUCAGGGUUCCUGUCCUCCAUCUGCUGGCCCUUUGGACCACUCAGCCACUGGCAUGCUUUCCAAGUCUGUAUCCAUGAGUGGCAUCAAUUGCUUCUGGAGUGGCUCAGAUCCAGCCGGAAAUUUAUCCCAGUCCUCGGCUGCUAACUUCAGCCAAAGCUGUAGCCAACUGGAACGCGGUUCGGAUACCUGGGUAGGCUCCUCCCUGCGACGAACCUUCAGCUUCCUCUGGGGCAUGACCGGCAAGGCCAAGGCCCGGGAAAAGGAGAAGAUGAAGGAAGCCAAGGAUGCCCGCUAUACCAACGGGCACCUCUUCACCACCAUCUCCGUUUCGGGCAUGACCAUGUGCUAUGCCUGUAACAAGAGCAUCACAGCCAAGGAGGCCCUCAUCUGCCCAACCUGCAAUGUGACUAUCCACAACCGCUGUAAAGACACCCUCGCCAACUGUACCAAGGUCAAGCAGAAGCAACAGAAAGCGGCCCUGCUGAAGAACAACACUGCCUUGCAGUCUGUGUCACUCCGCAGUAAGACCACCACGCGGGAGCGGCCGAGCUCCGCCAUCUACCCCUCCGACAGCUUCCGGCAGUCCCUGCUGGGCUCCCGCCGAGGCCGCUCCUCCUUGUCCUUAGCCAAGAGCGUUUCCACAACCAACAUCGCUGGACACUUCAACGAUGAGUCUCCACUGGGCCUGCGCCGGAUCCUCUCCCAGUCCACAGACUCCCUCAACAUGCGGAACCGAACCCUGUCGGUGGAGUCCCUCAUCGACGAAGGUGCAGAGGUCAUCUACAAUGAGCUGAUGAGUGACUUUGAGAUGGAUGAGAAGGACUUUGCAGCCGAUUCCUGGAGCCUCGCUGUGGAUAGCAGCUUCCUGCAGCAGCAUAAAAAGGAGGUGAUGAAGCAACAGGAUGUCAUCUAUGAGCUGAUCCAGACGGAGCUGCACCAUGUGCGGACGUUGAAGAUCAUGACCCGCCUCUUCCGCACGGGGAUGCUGGAAGAGCUACAGCUGGAGCCGGGAGUGGUCCAGGGCCUGUUCCCCUGUGUGGACGAGCUCAGUGACAUCCACACACGCUUCCUCAGCCAGCUGUUAGAGCGCCGACGGCAGGCCCUGUGCCCUGGCAGCACCCGCAACUUCAUCAUCCCUCGCUUGGGCGACCUGCUCAUUAGCCAGUUCUCGGGUCCCAGCGCGGAGCAGAUGCGGAAGACCUACUCGGAGUUCUGUAGCCGCCACACCAAGGCCUUGAAGCUCUAUAAGGAGCUGUAUGCUCGAGACAAGCGCUUCCAGCAGUUCAUCCGGAAAGUGACCCGCCUGGCCGUGCUGAAGCGGCAUGGGGUCCAGGAGUGCAUCCUGCUGGUGACGCAGCGCAUCACCAAGUACCCGGUGCUCAUUAGCCGGAUCCUGCAGCAUUCCCACGGGAUGGAGGAGGAGCGCAAGGACCUGACAGCGGCUCUGGGGCUGGUGAAGGAGUUGCUGUGCCACGUGGACCAGGAUGUGCACGAGCUGGAGAAGGGGGCCCGCCUGCAGGAGAUCUACAACCGCAUGGACCCUCGGGCCCAGACGCCGGUGCCCGGCAAGGGCCCCUUCGGCCGAGAGGAGCUUCUGCGGCGCAAGCUGAUCCACGACGGUUGCCUGCUCUGGAAGACUGCGACCGGCCGCUUCAAAGAUGUGCUGAUGCUGCUGAUGACAGACGUGCUAGUGUUUCUCCAAGAGAAGGACCAGAAGUACAUCUUUCCCACCCUGGACAAGCCCUCGGUGAUAUCACUGCAGAAUCUCAUCGUUCGGGACAUCGCCAACCAGGAGAAAGGGAUGUUUCUGAUCAGCGCGGCCCCCCCUGAGAUGUAUGAGGUCCACACGGCAUCCCGGGAUGAUCGGAGCACCUGGAUCCGAGUCAUUCAGCAGAGUGUGCGCAUAUGCCCAUCCAGAGAGGACUUCCCCCUGAUUGAGACAGAGGAUGAGGCUUACCUGCGGCGAAUCAAGAUGGAGCUGCAACAGAAGGACCGGGCACUGGUGGAGCUGCUGCAGGAGAAGGUCGGGCUGUUUGCCGAGAUGACCCAUUUCCAGGUGGAAGAGAAUGGCAGCUGUGGGAUGCCCCUGCCCACCCUGCCCAGGGGCCUUUUCCGUUCGGAGUCCCUCGAGUCCCCUCGUGGCGAGCGGCUGCUGCAGGACGCCAUCCGAGAGGUGGAGGGCCUGAAAGACCUGCUCGUGGGGCCUGGAGUGGAGCUGCUCUCAAACCGGGAACCGGGCCUGCCCACGGAAGCAGAAAGUGGUGGUAACAUGAGUCCUGGAAUCACCGCCAAUGGUGAGGCCAGAACCUUCAAUGGCUCGAUCGAACUCUGCAGAGCCGACUCAGACUCCAGCCAGAAGGAUCGAAAUGGGAAUCAGCUGAGAUCUCCCCAGGAGGAAGCGUUGCAGCGAUUGGUCAAUCUUUACGGACUUCUGCAUGGCCUACAGGCGGCUGUGGCCCAGCAGGAUACGCUGAUGGAAGCCCGAGUGCCCGAGGGCCCGGAGCGGCGGGAGAAGCUGACCCGAGCCAACUCUCGGGAUGGGGAGGCUGGCCGAGCUGGGGCCACCCCGGGGGCUCCUGAAAAGCAGGCCACGGAGCUGGCGUUACUGCAGCGUCCCCGGCGCCGGAGCCUGCCAGCCGGCGAUGCCCUGUACUUGAGUUUCAGCCCCCCUCAGCCCAGUCGAGGCCAUGACCGCCUGGAUUUGCCUGUGACUGUCCGCGCUGUCCAUCGGCCCUUUGAGGAUCGAGAGGGGCAGGAGCUGGGCAGCCCCGAGGAGCGGCUACAAGACAGCAGCGACCCUGACACUGGCAGCGAGGAGGAAGGAAGCAGCCGCCUGUCUCCGCCCCAUAGUCCUCGAGAUUUCACCAGAAUGCAGGACAUACCCGAGGAGACGGAGAGCCGCGAUGGGGAGCCUGUAGCUCCGGAGAGCUAAGGGGGCCCCUCCCUCCUUCCUGUGCCCCCUGAAGAAUAUUACUGAGGGAGGCAAGCCCUGGGGACUCCGACCUGCCAGUGAGCAGGGAACACUUGAACUGCUGAUUUGUCCUUGCCAGCUCUUGGGAUUCUUGGAUACCUGGGGCCAUUUAGGAAGCUGGGGGGAGUUAGGCCACAGCGCCCCCUGGUGGCAUCCAGAAGUACACCACAGAUGCCAAUUCUUCAUGCCUUCUUCCCUCGACUUUAGGAAAGUUUAUUUAUUUAUUGUUUAUUAGUUAUGGAGGGAGAAAGGGGAUUUAGAGGACCAGGGACAUGGGAGCCAAGCCAUAGGGAACAAGGGGCCUUGUCCUUUAACACUACUGGGGUUUAUUCAGACGUAACCAUGCAGCUGCCGGAUUCCAGCCCUGCCACCCUCCCGGCAACAUCGUCUUUGAGGAGAGGCUGCAGCUGUAGGACCCGACUGCCCCUUCAAGAAGGGCUAUGGGCAGGGCCAUAUCCCUUUCCCCUCAACCUCUUACUGCUGUUCUCUCUUCUCUCCGUCCUCGGUGGAACCCCGGGGAGUCAACCUGGCUUCCUAGAGUGGAUGGAAUGGAGGUUGAGGUGGCCAUCAUGGUCUGUUGGGGGUGAGGGGGAAACCCACAGGGGACCAGAAUGUCUUUUUGUUGUUUUCUUUUUUUUUUUUUGUACCAAAGCCAACUGCACGUGUUUUAUAUUUUUAAGAGAAGAUUGUAGGCGAUUAGAAAUUGCAGCCUUCUAUCUCCACAUCUCUGAAGAACUUGACGGGUGGGGGAAACAAUGACUUCACCCCCUCAUCCAUAGCAAUGGGGGAACUAGUCUGACCUCUUCCGCACCCAUUUGGAAACAAAGUUCUAGGGUGAGUUGGGAAAUCUCUAUGAGCCCUGACCUUAUCCCCCAGCUCACCAACCAUGACCUGAAACCUCCGCCUGAAUUGGGGGGGGAUUUUCAAUGGACCCCCAAAGGCCCACCAGCGCCAACCAUUUUUCUACCAAUUUGAUUGUGUAAAAAAACAGCAAAACAGAAACAAAAAAAAAAACGAUAAAAGGUAAAGAAAGGAAAAUUAAACACCUGGAACCCCAU